ACAAUGGCGACUCCAGAAAGCGUCGUUAGUAGCACUUAGUUACUGGCAUCGUUCUUUGGUUAACUAACUUUACGCUCGUGUUUUUAUGCAUGGGCAACCAAACGGUCAAAAAGACACUUACAAAAACAUCGAAAAUGACAUUGUCGACGUCUGACUUCACUGAGCACCUCCCCCAGGAGCUUUGUAAGAAGGUGUUGACAUAUCUAGGUCCUACAGACCUGGCCAGUUUCUCCCAGUGUUGUGUGAGGUGGAGGGAGAUGGCAAAUAUAAACCCCUUAUGGCUGCAUCACUGCAUGGUCAGACACUGGCUCAAGUUUGGUUUGCACACCGACAUUCUCCAUGAAGAAACUCUCUACCCCAAGGCCAGCAAUGUGUCUGGGACGUCGCCUACUUUCAGUCUGCAGAUACCAGAGGGCAGCAAGUUGAGUCCUAUCUGUAAAUGGAAGCACAUUUAUGUCUGUGUGUGUCACCUUCACACCAACUGGGCUCGAGGUCGGUACACAGUGUCCCCCAUCUUCAGAGGUCACAAAGAGAAGGUCACAGCUAUGGAUUGUGAUAACCACUGUAUCGUGAGUGGCAGUGAGGACAAGGCACUCCGUGUGUGGGACAUACACUCCACAACAUGCAUCCACACCAUCAACUGUCACUCCGACACCGUCACUGCUGUCAAGUUAAAGAAUAACAUGAUAGUGACUGGUUGUGCAGACAGUAGUAUCCGAGUUUUAAAUUCUUCAUCAGGAAAGCUGUGUUUCUCUCUCCAAGGACACAGUGGUAGCGUAGAUCACAUUCAACUCUCUGGAGACAAAAUCAUCAGCGCUGGAACUGACAAGACAGUACGAAUCUGGUCAAUCAAGGACAGGAAAUUAUUGUGUAUUUUACGUGGACAUACAGAUGAAAUUGAGUGCUUAUCAAAUGUCGGCAGCUAUGCCUUGACCGGUUCCUGGGACAACACACUCAUGCUGUGGGAUGUGGAAAAGGGGAGACUACUCUUCCAGCUCUCUGGUCACACAGAAGUGAUCAGUUGCUGUCAGUUUGACAGUGAGAAGAUUGUGAGUGGGAGUGCAGACAAGGAUCUCCGGAUCUGGAGCAUGUCCAGUGGGAAAUGUACACACAUCCUGUCCGGACAUGAUGGAGAAGUUUACUGCCUCGCCUACAACAAGGAAGUGAUAGCGUCAGGGUGUUCCGACAGUGCUGUCAUCAUCUGGAAUCUGGCAGGCGAACUGUUACACAAGCAGCGGCAGCACCUGGGCAUCGUGAGAUGUAUCCACCUGAAUGACGACAGGCUGGUCACAGGGGGAGAUCAGAAGAAACUUGUUGUUUGGGACUACAGAAGUGGACAGGUCUUAAACUGCAUCCAUCGCCAUCCCACGCUGCUUCAUCUGAUAAAAGUCUGCGAUCUCCGUCUCGUGACAGCUUCUCCAGAGAAACCAGGGACCAUAACUGUACUCAGUUACUGGUGACGUCAUCAUUAUGUGUGCAGCUUGUCAUCAGUUGCCUUGAAAAACUACUGAUGUCGAAUGUGGUACGCAAAGAAGCGACCUUACGCCUUUGUAUGCGAAACGGCUCUCAUUGAAAUGUGCGUACAAUUAGUGUCAGAUUAGCCGUGAUGUUUGCUGCUGUGAACGAGGACGAUCUCACCCAGCAAUUAAAAUAGCACACUUAACUUCAAGGAGAUAUAUGUGCUUAAAGAGCCGAAAAAUGGAUGGCAGACAAAAACCACCAUGUCAUUGUGACCCCAUCGUCGGGAAAAAAGACAAUAAUUUCGUGUUGUGUAUGUGUAGUCAUAGCUGCGAUAUGAUUAUGCUUCCUGGAAGCCAAAGAUAUUUCUCAUUCUUUAAAGAAAGAUUUAUACACGAGUCAGUAUUCCCACACGCCAAAGUAUGAUCGGCUAAUGUCGUGAUACACUUUAAGGUCAACUGGAUAUACGGCAGAUUAACAUGCGGACUUUUUCACAAAGUCAGGCCUCCGAAAGAUAUACGUGUCUGCCACGACUGUAGAUUAAGGCCUGUUUUGUGUAACUAGUGAAAGUAUGGAGUAUAUAAUCCUGUCAAGAAAUAAGAGAACGGGUAUUAUGGGACGAAUUUGUUUGAGGUGAGGUUGUGAGGCAGUUGGAUGGCAUGAUAAUACAUCACCCUAUAUUCUGUUUUGAUGAUAAGCGGUUAAGUACCUGAGAGAGAGAAAAGAAAGAGAGAGAGCUUUAGAUCAGAACUUCAGAUUCUUGUGUUAUUUGGAGUCUUCUGUUGUUGAGAUGAAUGUUGUUCAUGCCGCGAGUAAUAUGAUAAUCCAACCUUGGUUAGGCAAACCAGUGGCGGUUAG